GGUACGGGAACCAGAGAGAAGACACGGUGCGACCGGCCGAUAACACCCGGGGAGAGGAGAGAGAAGCCCGGGUCGAGGAGCAGGAUGUUCCCCGUCCUCCUGGUCGUUCUUUGGGGGGCAAUGGCGGCGAACUGCGAUGAAUUGGAGCGGCACUCCCUCUCUUACAUCUACACGGCCUUCUCCAAACCCGUGGGGCUGCCGGGCUUCCACGAGUUCACGGCCAUGGGCCUGCUGGACCACAGGAUGAUCGACUACUACGACAGCGACAGCAAGGUGAAGGUGCCCAAGCAGCCGUGGAUGAAGGAGCGCCUCUUGGAUGACUACUGGGAGAAAGGCACGCAGUCCCGCCAGAGCAAGCACCAGUGGUUCACGGUGAACAUCGACAUCCUGAAGACACGCAUGAGGCAGAACGACUCUGACCUCCAUGUCCUCCAGUGGAGGCACGGCUGCGAGGGCGUCCGGCAGCCCGACGGCACGCUGAAGUUCACCCGCGGCAUUGACAUGUACAGCUACGACGGCAACGACUUCCUGUCCUUCGACGACAAGCACUCUGUCUGGGUGGCGCCGGUCGCCGCGGCGCUCCAGACCAAGAGGAAGUGGGACGAAGUCCAGGUGCUGAAGGAAUACACCAAAGGCUACCUGGAGAACGAGUGCAUGGACUGGAUGGACAAGUUCGUGAAUUAUCAGCAACCUUUGCUGGAACAAGCCAUUGCUCCCAAGCUGUUCGUGUUCACGCGGAACACCAAGGUGGACGCCAUCGUGGCGCUGUCGUGCAUGGCCACGGGGUUCUACCCUAAAUACAUCGUGCUGAGGAUCAAGAGGAACAAGCGCGUUCUGACCCCGGAGGAUGGGCUGGUUUCUACGGGCACUCGACCCAACGGAGACGACACCUUCCAGAGGAGAGACACGGUGGAGAUCCUGAGGACCGACGAGUCCACCUACACCUGUGAAGUGAGGCACGACGCAUCCGGGCUCCACAUGGAGGAGGAGUGGGAUCGCACACUUCCUGCCAGCACUGAAGUGUUCAUCAUCGGGGGGGCAGUGGCCGGGCUCACUGUGCUGACUGUGCUCACUGUGGUUCUUCUCCUCUUGUAUAAAAGAGGCUCUGAUCCGUCCCUCAGCAGCAACGACUCAACCGCCGCCAGCAGCUCCUCUGGGUCCGAGACCAGCGUCCACAUGAAGGACUACGCCGGCUCCUCUGGGUCCGAGUCCGGCGUCCUCAUGGAAGCCGACACCGGCCCCUCUGGGUCCGAGUCCAGCAGCCUCAUGGAGGCCCACGCCGGCUCCUCUGGGUCCGAGUCCGGCGUCCUCAUGGAGGCCGACACCGGCCCCUCUGGGUCCGAGUCCAGCAGCCUCAUUGAGGCCGACACCGGCCCCUCUGGGUCCGAGUCCAGCGCCUGAAGAGCGAAACGCGUCGUGUACGUCAGACGUUCCGGAGUUCUGCUGCUCGGUGGAAGAGCAACACGUCGGAGGUUUGAAGGUUCGGGGGAAAUUAUCAAGAAAUAUACUCGGAGCCUUUUCAAAAAAGGUGAAAAAAUUACAUUUUAAAAAAAUGCCUUUUAUUUUGAAGGACGGGAGGCUUUUCCUCGGUCCUGGUCUUCAGUUGAAUCCAGAAUGUUACGACUCGCUGAUGAUAAUCAAGUAAACUUCUUUCAUCCUCUCGAUGCUCCUCGAGCACAGACACCGGUGGUUCAAUCCCCGCCCUAGUCGAUGUGUCCUUGAGCAAGACGCUUAACCCCGAGUUGCUCCCUGUAGCUGCUCUACAGUGUAUGAAUGUCACAGGACUGUAAGCCGCUUCGGAUAAAAGCAUCAGCGAAAUGACAUGUCAUAAUUUAAUAAUUAAUCUUUAUGAGCAUCAGGAAUUCGGUUUGCUAAAGAAACAUUUGUCAAUUAAUCAGAUUAUUUUAGUUAUUUACUCGUCAUUACAUAUAGGCACAAUUCAUGGGGAUUGAUCGUUUAAGAUGUCUUUUAUUUUCAAAAACAAUAUUCCUGAUCUAUAUUAAUAAGAAUGUUCCACUUUUUAGAAAUCAGUGAAUCCUGAAAUCUGGUUGUGUGCAUUAAGACUUUGAGUUAGAUGUAUUCAAAACAUUUAUAUUUUAGUAUUUUCCUUUUCUUUAUGGACUCUUUGGAUAAGACGUGGGGUCUAAAGCAUGUUGAACUACGAAGACAUGUGUCUGUUUGGGAGAUUAAUAUGAUUGAUUAUUGAUUGAUUGGUGUUGGACAGUUCUUGUAAAAGAAUAAAGUAAUGUUUUUGCAGAUGCUUCUGACCUUUGACCUCUGAGUGUAUGUUGAUUGAGAGAAUAAAGAAGAAUUUAACCUC